AUGGAGUUGACGGGCUAUGAGCUCUUUGCCCUCUUUCUUUGUUCGGCCAUUUGCGGGUUGCUUUUUUCCUCGGAACACGUCAGUGACCGCGAAAUCACGCUCCUCAUCGCCGUCUUGGUCGCAGUCGUGACCUUGCUUCUCACAAAGUUCUCGACAAGCCGAGCGCUCACCAAGUUCCUGACGGAAGAUGUCGCCGACGUGCACGACAAGCAACUCACGGACCUGGCCGAAGCCCACGGUCGCCGCAUCACGGCGCUGAAGCGCGAGCACGACCGCGAGCAGCUGCGCCUCACGAAUAGGAUCAAGGACGCCGAUUUGAAGUUUGAUUGCCUGUGGGGCGAGCACGAGUACAUGUCUACGCUGUACCAGGAGAAAAUGCGCAACAACCACGAGCACGAAGAUCGCAUCCAGUACCUGGAGAAGAAGCUCCAGGAAUUCGGCCAAUCCACACACACGGCCCGCGCCCCGUUUUCGGCGCCGCCCACCCAGAUCAGCUUUCUCAGUCCGCCUCGACGACAUCGGUUCAAGGACGGGUUUGGCUCGUCGGUGUUGAAAACGCCGCUGUCCAGUGUUAUCGAGGUUGACGACGAAUAG